AUGGAGGCCCGAUUAGAACAGUUGAAAAAACUGCGGAAACGAAUGGAUGAUUCUGAACGGGCGAAUCGGCUAGAGCUUUACGAAGAACAUCAACCUCGACAAGAAGCAGAAGAAAAUAAUGAAGAUUAUGAACGAAAAAGAUUCUGGGAGUAUUCUGCAGAGUCAGUAGAGAAAUGGGAAAAAAAGCAAGAAAAGAAAUUGAAAAGAUCCGAUGUUGCAUUUACUGAUUAUAAUCAAGUUGCACGUAAAAAGUACAAAAGAAUGAUAAAUGAUUUUACUCCUGAUGUGAAUGCAUAUAAUGAAAAAAAGACAGCUGCUAUGGAAUCAGCGAGCAUUGUUACCACAGCGGAUGGAGAAGUUGUUCCAAUUGAUGCAGAGUCUAGAUUUUAUAGAGAUGCCAAUUCUUUACAAUAUGCUAGUGUAGAUGACACACCUAGUCGCGAAGCUGUCGAUCGAAUGGUAGAAGAUCUUAACAAACAAAUGGCUAAACGUGAGAAAUUUUCACGGCAAAAGACAGCUAAUGAAGAUGAUGAUAUUACUUAUAUUAACGAGCGUAACAGAAGAUUCAACGAGAAAAUUGGUAGAUUUUAUGAUAAAUACACUCGAGAAAUCAAAGAAAACUUUGAACGUGGUACUGCGUAA